GGUGAAGAGCUUUUAUUCUCUCUUCUUUCACGCCCCCCUUCCCCCCCUUAAAGCAAAGUUCAGGGAAAGUUUCUCCUUUACGUUCUCUCCCCCCCCCCCCCGCCUUCACUAGCGCGCACAAAACCGGCCUCUUGGGUAUCUUCUGAAAGUAACCCUCCUGACACCAUAGAGCCUGGCAGCUGGGGUGAGGGGGCCAGCCCCUCUGGGGAGAUGGGGGACGCUGGGGAGAAGGGUCUGGACAACGAUGCAGAAGGGGUCUGGAGCCCUGAUAUUGAGCAGAGUUUCCAGGAGGCCCUGGCCAUCUACCCACCCUGUGGGAGGCGGAAGAUCAUUCUUUCGGAUGAGGGGAAGAUGUACGGCCGCAAUGAACUCAUUGCCCGCUACAUUAAACUGAGGACAGGCAAAACACGGACAAGGAAACAGGUCUCCAGUCACAUCCAGGUUUUGGCCCGGCGGAAAACCCGUGAGAUUCAGGCCAAGCUCAAGGACCAGGUAGCAAAGGACAAAGCGCUUCAGACUAUGGCAGCCAUGUCUUCUGCUCAACUCGUAUCUGCCACGGUCCUCCAGGAAAAACUGGGCUUGUCAGAACCCCACUACCCACCCAGCACCACCUCCACAGAGUUCUUCCAGUUUUGGACAGGGGAUGCAAGCCAAUCCCGAGACACUCUAGACGUCAAGCCUAUCCUCCAAGCGCCAUACCCCAUCCCAGUCCCAGCACCCACUGCUGUCCCAGGUUACCACGCGCCCCCAGGGAGAGCCCCCCGCCUCCCCAGCGCUACCUCUUGGCAGGGAAGCCACAUUGGUACGGAAACGCUUCGGCUGGUGGAGUUCACUGCGUUUGUGGAGCGGCAGGCAGAACAAGAUGCGUGUAAGCAGCAACACCGCUUUGUGCAUAUCGACCCGACACCCGCCUCUGACUCCCCGCUGGAGACGGUGGACGUACGCCAAAUCUACGACAAAUUCCCUGAGCGGGGAGGUGGGCUACGAGACCUGUAUGACCAGGGGCCUCCUCAUGCCUUCUUCUUGGUCAAGUUCUGGGCUGAUCUGAGCUUUCCCCUCCUUGAAGAAGAACCAGGGGGCACAGGAGGGGCCUUCUAUGGGGUGAGCAGCCGUUACGAGGGCCCACGGGCUCUGACUCUCAGUUGCACCUCCAAGGUCUGCUCCUUUGGCAAACAGGUGGUGGAAAAACUGGAGACAGCAGAGCCUCCCCACUGGGAAGACGGACGCUUUGUUUUCCAGCUGCAGCGCUCACCGCUGUGCGAGUACCUCAUCAACUUCAUCCGCAAACUGCGAACGCUGCCAGAAAAGCCGAUGAUGGACAGUGUGCUUGAAAACUUCACCAUCCUGCAGGUUUUGCGGGAUCAAGAAACUCAGGAGUUACUUUUAUGUGUGGCCUUCGUGUUUGAAGUGUCUGCCAGCGAGCACGGGGCACAACACCACAUCUACCGGCUGGGCCGGGAGUGAUGAACAGCUUUUACCCCACCUCCAUGCUCCAAAAUGGGUCACUCACUGCCUCACCCACCAGGAGGUCUACGGCCUGUCUGUGAACUGUGAAUGGACUGCUAUGACAACUGCGGAACCUUCUGUGAUAAUGGCUUUUUUGUCACCUGGCAACCACCGGCAAACCCAGCAACUGAUUCUACCAGUGGAUAUCCUCCUCUCUCCCUGAUGGCCACAAAGUUAGGCCCGAGGCCCAAGCCCAGAAGCACUGCUGUUAUUCAGUGGAGAAGCUCGCAGCCAUGGCAACAGCAUUGUCGAGCAGCAGUGCUUUCAGGGCAAGCUCCCCCACCCUGUUCCCAGUCAAGCUGUGGGAUAUCAGGAGUUAACCUCUACCAUACAUAUGUCAUGGCAGACCUUGACCGAGAACAUCCCCCUCCGUGCGGCUGGGAUUUCACACACUCCAUUGUCACACGUGGCAUUUUCGAGGACAGUUGCUUUUAAUAAUCUGGCAGAAGUUUGAUGUAACUUAACCUGUCUGUGAGAAUUAGGAGUAAGGAGAUCAACCUGUUUUGGGGGUGGGCCACACCACUUCACCUCAGGUAGCAGGGUCCACAUGAUUGUAGGUUCCUCCCCAGAAAAGCUAGUGUUCUGUGUGUGGGGUUUUUGGUAUGGAGAAGCAUUCAGUAAGGCGAGCCUCUGCUUGCAGCCUGAGGUGACACAGCCCUGAUGAAAGCAGUAUACAUUUGAUCCUGCAGGCUCUCUUUGCGUGUACUACACCUAAUCUGGUGUUGUUUUUAACCAUGCCUACGGGGGGCGGUGGAGUCCCAUUGUAGAAUUUAGUGGGGCUUACUCCCUGUCGCACUGGAGGUGGAGAUGUUCACCUUUCAGAGGCCUAUUACCUCACAAGAGAUUCAAGGCUUUGUCUACACACGCAGCAGAAUGAGGAGGUAGAACGGCUGCAGUGGGGCCAACACUACAGACUACAUGCAGGCGAUUCUAUUCGUUAUUAUUCCCAGGUGUAAACUCCCUUGAAGAACACCAGGAAACCCAGGGAGAAAAGUUCGCCUGCAGGCCUCUGCCUGCAGUGCUUGCUUUCUGCUAGCAAGAGUUUUAUGUAGGCCGGCACCUGAAAAGAAGGUUCAGCGGGCCGGUCUUUGAGCUGAAAAUAACCGUUCCUUUCAACAGGAGUGCAGAACCUUUCUUUCCUGUUGGAGGCCAGUAUAGCCUCAGCACCCAUUGUUUGGGGCCCACCUUCUAGUGGUGGGUGGGGCACCCCAUUUUACCCCUUCCUUGCCACUGCCAUGAAUUUGGCCAAAGGCUCCUAAUUGCACUCCUCC